AUGUCUGCUGAAGCUUUGUACCCGGGGGCUCCGGCUGAGACUGGACUUGAAGAUGGCAUCUCGCAGCUUGCUAUCCCUGCUAGUCCGAUCAGCCCGGAGUCGCAAGUGCAAGGUCUCGAUGAGGACACUCAGGACGAGGGGCCUCUCACUCAGGCCCAGGUGGGGAGCCUCAUGGCUCGAAGCGACUGCUCGGAAGCCGAAGGAGGCUCCGAGCAGCAAGUGGAGAAGCAGCUCGAGGGAUACAUGCCUUUUUCCACCGGGCCAGGAGAGUGGCAUGCUAUGAAUGCGGGUCUGGUUUUGGCUAGGAAUGCUUCAAGGCCUAUGCCCUGGGAUAGACAAGUCAGGCCUCGUUUCCGCGUGGGCAGCAUCUUCCAAGAGCCGUUGCUUGGCAGGUUUGAUGGCCUCAGGAGGGUGAGUCUUCCAGCAUCGGCGGCCGGGCCCUGGGCUUGGGUGCCCAAAGGCACUUACGAGGCUCGGAGGUUGCUGGCCGCGAGGUUUGCGAAGAGCGAUGACAUGCUUAGGUUAGCAGCUCUUAAGAAGAUCCGCUUGAUUGUUCUUUUCUUUCCCGAUGACUCGGAGCUGGGGCGAAAUCUCAUUAGCUCUGCAGGGUCACUGGUUGAGGAGACAGUGCUCGCUUCGACCAUCGAGGACACUUUUGCGGGACGAGCGGCAGGCACCAUGAUGAAGAGGGCUUCUGACUUUUCUCGCUUUGCUAAGUGGAUUGUUGCGAACAAGGGCAGGCCGCUGGCUCCCACGGAAGGAGAGUUGUAUGCAUACAUGCUUCAUUUGAGGAGGUCAAAAGCAGGGGCAACAGCCGGGGAGUCUUUCAUCAAAGCUCUCAGGUUUUUCUCGCAUCUUACCGGUGCGGCCAAUGCUUCGAGGGCUUCACCGCGCGUGGAGGGCGCGGCGAAGGCUAUGUCUAUGUGCAAGAGGCCUCUUUGGCAGGCUCCGGCCCUGCCCGUGGAAGCAGUAAAGCUGAUCGAGGACUAUGUGCACGAAGAGCUUGACCCCGGCAAGGCUGCAAUAGGAGGCUUCAUCCUUUUCUGUCUUUAUUCCUCGUCGCGGUGGUCCGAUGCUGCGCGGGGAUCAGACUUGAAAGCGAAGGAUCGGAAGGAUGCAGUUCUUCCCCUCAUCGCUUUGGGGUCUGGCUUGACUCAACCCUCUUGGGGCCGAGCCUGGAUGCGGAAGAGGCAGCUAGCUGGGCUUCAGGACAGUACUUGCGUGAUGCCGGCCAUGUCCCCGGGGGGACAAUUCCUUCAGAGGCCCAUGACCGCUGCCGAGGGCUCUUUGUGGUUGAGGGAGAUUCUUCACACGCAAGGUUUCAAGGGUGAUCUUGAACAGUACAGCUCCCACAGUCUUAAAGCGACUGCUCUUUCAUGGACAGCAAAGAGCGGGACCAUGACAUACGAGGAGCGCCUCACCCAGGGUCACCAUUGCAGCCCCAAGCAUGGCAUGGCUUUGCUCUACUCGAGGGAUGCUCUGGCAGAGAUUCUCACCAAGGUUGCCAGGGUAGUCAGUGCAAUUGGGCGGGGUGUGAUGAACCCAGAUUUGCCCCGCGCCGAGAGGAUAGCCCAAGCUUUGGAGGUCAGUGCCGAGGAUUAUCGCCACCUUCCGGAAACACAGCCGGAUGAGCUUCCAGCUGAGGACCCGCAAGACGAGAACGUUUCCGAGGCGGGCUCCGAUGUCACCAACCUGGAUGACCUC